AUGCCGGCGGGGCUGGGGCGGCGAGGGCCGCUCUGGGCCGGGCCGCUGCUGCUGCUGCUGCUGCUGCUGGAGCCGGAGCUGCUGCUGGAGCCGGCGGGCGCGCAGGAGCCCUGGCGGCAGCUGAUCCAGUGGGAGAACAACGGGCGCCUCUUCAGCCUCCUCAACAGCGGCGCCGAAUUCGUGCCCGCCGGGCAGGAGCGGCCCGCGGGCAACCGGCUGUGGCUAGCGGGGCCGGCGGCGGGGCCAGCGGGCAGCGUGCGCCGCCAGGCCUCGGGGACAGUGCGGGGACAAGCGCGACAUCCUUUCGGCUUCGGGCAGGUGCCGCCCAACUGGCGGGACGGCCCCAGGGGCGACAGCGGCUGGGGACAGCGGCGACAGGCGGGGAGGGGCCGGCAGGGCACGGCCGGGGUGGCCGCGGCCGCGUUCGCGGUGGCCUCGGCGGGACAAACGCACGCCGGUGUCGCCGCGGGGGUGGCACCGCACGAGGGGGUCCUGGUCGAUUGA